AUGAAGAGUAAGAGGAAGAAGAAGACAACGCCGCCUACGAUUACGAAGACGAAGAAGAAGAAGAAGCCGUCAACGCCGGAAUCGGCCCUAAUCCCUUCACUUCCCGAUGACUUGGCAAUGAGCAUCGUCGCACGCGUCUCAAGAUUGUACUAUCCGAUUCUAUCCCUCGUAUCGAAGAGCUUUCGAUCUCUCGUAGCUUCACCGGAGCUUUACAAGGUCAGGUCACUCUUGGGCACCACCGAGAGUUGUCUCUAUGCGUGCUUCAACUGCUUUUCUGGUUUUCGUUGGUUCAACCUCUGCCGGAAACCUGAUCAUCAUCAAACCCUAACUAGCAACAAUGAUGAGGAGGAGGAGAAGAAUAAGUCAUCAACAACAACAACCAGUGGGUAUGCUCUGGCUUCAAUCCCAAUCCCCAAUAGUAAUUGGAAGUUGUUGAAGAACUCGUUCUCGCUUUUCGACCCAAAAACACAAGCUUGGGAUCCUCAGCCCUUCCCAUGCCGUCAGACAGUCGGUAUGUUUGACCGCCACAGCGCAUCUAUUGACGGAAAGUUACAUGUGGUGGCUGAUAAAACGAUGGCUGUUUACGAUGUCAAGGAAGCUAAAUGGGACGUACUCUCUAAUCGAUCAAUGUAUUAUGGCAUGCUUCCUAAUUCUUAUUGCCAGAGAGAUAACGUUGUGUACUCGGCUUCUCCGGAAUCAUUCAGAUGGUAUGACAUCCAGGCACGAAGGUGGAGAGUUUUGCAGGGUUUGGUUGGACUACCCACGUUUCGUCGUGAUUAUGUUUUUAGAUUGGCUAAUUUUGGUGGAAAGCUAGCUGUUAUGUGGUGGCAGACGAUCUGUAUUUAUACCGGUAAGAAGAAGAUUUGGUGUGCCGAGAUUGCGCUUGAAAGGCGCAGCAGCAGCGCAACUUGUGAAAUUUGGGGGAAAGUUGAGUGGUUUGAUCAUGUGCUUACCCUUACACCCAGUGCAUUUGAUGAAUUCACCAGUAUUAUUGCUGCUACUGUUUGA